AAGAGUACAACUCAUCCAUAUAAAACUCCCUUUAUUAGAGUUAGAGACCCAACUGCGAAGGAGAGAGAGACACAAAGAGAGAAGUAGAAAGAUGAGAAGAAAGAGCCAUCCUCUGUUGAGGGGAGGGAGAAGAGGAGAGAGCAAAUACAGUCAUACGUUUACAGCAGCUGAGAUGCAAUCACUGGGUAGCAUUUGUGAGACUAUAUUACCCUCUUUGCCAUCCAAUUCUUUGGAGGGAGAGGAAUACCAACCCAGCAAUGUUUUGCAGUCCUUCUGCAAAGCUUCUGGGUCUCAAACUCCAAUCCCUGAUCAGGUUGCAGAGCUUUUAGUGAAGAGGGCAUUAAAAGAAUCUCUGAUAUUAACGAGAGUGGUUUUAUGGCUGCUGGCCACUAGAUUGGGUACCUUGUUGCUUUGUGGAUCUCUUUGUUUUUGUGAGGAAUGGCCUUUCAUUCAGAGCUUUUCUCGUAUACCAUUGGAGAAGAGGGAGCAAGUUCUGCAGAAGUGGUCUAGAAGUAGAUAUCUGACACCUGUCAGAUGUGCAUUUGUUUACAUCAAAAUCUUGUGCCUCUUUGUCUUCUUCUCUCAGGUGACCGGAGGAUUUGGUGGCAUGCUGGUUACACCAGUCGACACGGGACCUGAGCACCUGGCAUGA